AUGAAUAAGAAGUAUGGAAUUUCAUUAAACUUGUUCUUGUUUUUAUUUAUCGGAUACUUUUUGACAUGUUCAGCAUCUAAUACGCCUAAAGUACAUGUAAACUCUGGACAAAUUGCAGGUGGAUUUGAGUAUACCUAUAACGGUCGAAAAAUUUACUCAUUCUUAGGCAUACCAUAUGCAAGUCCUCCAGUUCAAAAUUAUCGAUUUAAAGAACCACAGCCCGUAAAGCCUUGGUUGGGCAUAUGGAACGCCACCAUUCCUGGAAGUGCCUGUUUAGGACCGGAUUAUGAAUCAAAUUAUGAAAUUGUUGGUCAAGAAGAUUGUUUAUAUCUCAACGUUUAUACGCCAAAGCUACCAGACGGGAAUAGGUCUGGUUAUUUAAUGAACGUAGUAGUGCACAUACACGGUGGCUCGUUCAUUAGUGGCCAAGGCAUAUCAUAUGGUCCACAAUAUCUUUUGGAUACCAACGAUUUCGUUUACGUAUCGAUAAAUUACCGUUUGGGUAUAUUAGGAUUUGCUUCCACCGGCGAUAGUGUUUUGCCUGGAAAUAACGGAAUGAAAGACCAAGUAGCAGCAUUGAAGUGGAUACAACAAAACAUUGUUGCGUUUGGUGGUGACCCCAACAAUGUCACAAUCACUGGCUUGUCGGCUGGUGCAAGUUCUGUUCAUUACCAUUUGAUUUCACCAAUGUCUAAAGGAUUAUUUAAUCGAGCAAUACUUCAAAGUGGAAGUGCAUUCUGUCACUGGUCGUAUACUGAAAAUGUUGCUCAAAAAACAAAGUAUGUUGCAAAAAUGCUGGGAUGUCCUACAAACAAUUCCGUGGAUAUCGUUGAAUGCCUUCGUUCUAGACCAGGAACGUCAAUUACAAAAUCAUUUAUACACUUCAUGCCAUGGAAAUAUAAUCCUUUUUCACCGUUUGGUCCAACCAUUGAAGUAGAAGGAGACGAAAAAUUCUUACCUGUUAUUCCAGAAAAACUCAUUCCAUAUGAUAUUCCAGUGCUCAUGAGUGUUACCCAAGAUGAGGGUCUUAGUACUGCUUUAUAUAUUAUCUACGAAAAUGGUAUUAAUGAACUAAACAAUAAUUGGAAUGAAUAUUUACCACAUCUUCUGGAUUAUAAUUACACAAUUUCAAACGAGAAUUUGAGAUCCAAAAUUGCUCAAGAUAUAAAAGAAUUUUACUUUGGUGACAAAAUAAUAUCAAAAGAUACUAUAAGCAAUUUUGUGGAAAUGAUUUCAGAUAGAACAUUUGGAUAUGCUGUGAGUAAAGCAGCUCAACAUAUUGCUGAAAUGAAUACAGCUCCUGUAUAUUUUCAUGAAUUUGGAUACAGUGGUAAUUAUUCUGUUAUAGCUAGUUUCGAUCCAAAAUCAUAUUCCCGAGGAUCAAACGUAACACAUUGUGAUGAAAUCAUAUAUUUAUUAAACAUGAAAGGUUUCUCUGUUCACGACAAUGAAGAAGAUACAAAGAUGAUCAAAACUAUGGUUAAUAUUUGGGCAACCUUUAUUAAAAAUGGAGCUCCAGAUAUAGGAAAUUCGGAAAUUUGGUUACCAGUUUCUAAGAAUCCAGCAGAUCCUUUCAGGUUCGUCAAGAUUACUCAACAGCAAACAUUUAAAAACAGAGAACAUUCGAACCAUGGAAAUUAUGAAUUUUGGAGUAGAUUACCAUUAACAGAGUUUUAUAAUAUUAAUGUGCCAGAAGACGUAAAAACCAUUGACAGAGUUUUAUGA